UCAUGAGUCACAGGUUUCAUCAGAUUGAACCGGGAGGCUUCAAAUGAUCGGACGGCAGCGUUAGAGAAGCAUUCAACAAUCAGUCUCUUCACACAGAGGAAGGAGAACAGAAACAAAGAUGAAACAGCUCGGUGUGCUCGUCUGUCUAAGUUUAAUUUCUGUGGCUGCAGCUUCUGGUACUAUCGACCCCAGAGGAGCUCGUCCGGUGGAGCACGGCACCAGAUCUGAGAAAUGUGCCACACAGAAGGAAUGGCCUUUCUGCACAGAUGAUGAAUGGUACUCCAAAUGCCCGUCGGGAUGCAGGAUCCAGGGUCUGAUGGACAAAUACGACCACAACCUGCUGAAGAAGAUCGAGAAGAUCCGCAGCCUCCUGGAUCAGAACAAGGCCAAGCACCGUUCUGCCGACCAGGUGUCCAAACAGACCUACGACGUCCUGAAGGAGAAACUCACCAUUGACUCUGGUGCCGACAACAACUACUACGACUUGGCCCAGAGUCUGCGUCAGAGAAUCACUGACAUGAAAAUCAAGAUCGACAGACAGCUGAGGAUCCUGGCCGCCCUGAAGGAUCGAGUCAAAGACCAGGUCGUCGAGAUGCAGAGGAUGGAGAUCGAUAUCGACAUUAAGCUCCGCUCCUGCAAAGGAUCCUGCAGCAGCUAUGCCGAGUACAACGUGGACCAUGAGAGCUACGUGACGUUGGAGAAACAGAUCACCCAGCUGGACUCCCAGCCAGCUCAGAGCAUCGAGUCUGUGGGGACGCUGUACGUGAUGAAGAGCAGGCGGAUGCAGGACACCAAUGUGGACAGCAUCUACAAGUCCGGUGCCACCGGUGCCACCGUGUCAGCUCAGAGGAGACAGGACAUGUUCCCUGAUGUGAACACGGUCGAGUUGAUCCUUGAGGAGGAAGGGUCCAGCACAUCCCCAGCAACCAUCUCCAAGGAGCCAGGUACUUCCUACUCUGCAUCUAAAUCCUCCUCCACUUCCUCCUCCACUUCCUCUUCCUCCUCCUCCACUUCCUCCUCCUCCUCCUCCACAUCCUCCUCCUCCUCCAUCACUGAACUCGGAGGACGUGGUGAUGGUCAUUUACUUGGUGGAGGGUUUGAAGUUUACCGCCAGCCCAGCACGUCCCAUGUCUCCACCCAAACCAUCUCCUGCACCAAGAGCAUCAGGAGGACCAUCGUCCACACAAAGGACGGGCCAGUGGAGAAGGUAGAGGAGGUGAUGGAGGGAGGCCCCGAGUGUCAGGCUAUGACGGACCACACCGGGGGAGGAAUGAGCUCCCUCUUCCCCACCCUUACACACACAUCCUCCUCCUCCUCUUCAUCUAUAACCUCCAAGUCGGUCCACGUUGGUGGUGCCAAGGGAAGCCUCACAGAAGACUCCAAAACGACAUUCGGGCAUACAGGUUUUGACCUCGGUGGGUUCCUGAUAGACAAUCCAGAGGAUGACAUUCCAGAUUUCCACGCCCGGAGUGUGAAGAGCGUGCGUGUCGAGCGGCAGGCCGAUUAUGUAGGAAAAGAUUGUGUUGAAGCCCACCGGAACCACCUGAAAGGGGAAACGAACGGCCUGUUUAAGAUCAAACCCGGCGGCACGGACUCCACAGGGGUAGUAGAGGUUUACUGCCAGCAGGAGGGGCUAAUGGGCGGGUGGUUGUUAGUCCAGCAGAGAGAGAGUGGCGCGCUCAGCUUUAACCGCAGCUGGGCCGAUUACCGCAACGGGUUCGGUUCGGUCGACGCGCACGGGAAGGGGGAGUUUUGGCUAGGCAACCAGAACCUCCACCUGUUGACUAAUCAGGGUGAGACGAUGCUGAAGGUGGAGCUCGAGGAUUGGGAGGGCGGCGUAGCAAGUGCUGAGUACAUGGUCAGGGUUGGGUCGGAGGAGGAGGGGUACCCGCUUCACGUGUCGGGGUACACAGGGGACGCCGGGGACGCUCUGGUGAGGCCUAAAUCCGACAUGGCAUCUUAUCUGUCCCACAACGGGAUGAAAUUCAGCACCUUCGACAGAGACAAUGAUAAGUGGGAGGAGAAUUGCGCAGAGAUGUAUGGGGGUGGGUGGUGGUACAACAACUGCCAGUCGGCUAACCUGAACGGGAUUUAUUAUAAAGGCACGUACGACCCGGAGAAAAACGCGCCGUAUGAGAUUGAAAACGGAGUUGUGUGGGUGACGUAUAAACCGGCCAACUACAGCCUGAAAACUGUUAAGAUGUUUAUCCGAUCGACUGCUUUUUAAUAAGACAUGGACCACAAAUAGAAAUUUUUAUACACGUUUAGAUUUAGUUGUAAAAUAGGCAACAGAUAGAAUAGAUCGGAGAGGAAUUAAAACUAAAGGUAAAGCUGAGGAUAAAUAAAUAUUUGAAAAGGUGGUUUCAGACCUUUUAGACUCUUGGUCUGUUUGUAAAUCAUUGCGGGAUUUCAAAAUCAUGUCAAACUGUGUCAGCUUAUCUUUAUUUGUAUUUUUGUCAACCCACUGUGUAAACGGCAUUGACCUGUUUGUUAGGAUUAACAAACCAGCGUUCUUGGAAAAAAACCCAUGUUCUCUCUGUUCCUGAACUCUACUCCAUCAAUAAAGAUUCAACAUUCACUUCA